AUGGUUCACUUCCAAGCGCUUGUCCUCGAUUUUGGACAGGUUGUAUCAUCCUGGAAGCCGUCUUCAAAUUCCCCAGUGCCCCCCAAGCUACUGAAAGAGUUGAUGACCUCUGAAAUUUGGCUUGACUACGAACGUGGACACUUGGCUCAGCGUGAUUGCUACGCGAAACUUUCAGAUAGGUUUGGCAUCGCUUCGAGCGAUAUUGCUGCCACAAUUGACCAAGCGCGUCAAAGCAUUCAAACCAAUCAUCAAAUGCUCGAAUUUGUCCAGGAACUUUCGACUGUGCAUGGUCUGAAGAUCUAUGGCAUGACCAAUACGCCUAGGCCUGAACAGAGCUACCUGCAAGCCAUCGCCGACCAAUAUGGCGUGUUUGAAGAAAUCUUCGUCUCCGGGAACUUAGGCAUGCGUAAGCCCGAGCUUGGCUUUUACCGACUUGUUAUUGAGAAGAUUGAUUUGCCGGUUGAAACAAUCAUCUUUGUGGAUGACAAUCCGGGGAAUGUUCAAGCUGCCAAAUUGACGGGGAUGACUGGGUUGGUCUUUAGAUCUGUGGAGCAUUUCGCUGGUCAGAUGGAAGAUCCCCUGAGUGACUAA